AAUGAGCACCCCCGCAUCCAACGACGGAGCUCCCCCAGGCGCAAUAAACGUCUCCACCCUCACCGUCCCUCAACUCCGCGCACUGCAAACCCGCCUAACCACUGAACUCGAACACUUAACGACCUCGCACACGAAGCUCCGCGCCGCGCAGACCAAGUUCCAAGACUGUGUGCGCUCGAUCAACGACGGCGUCAGGGGGUCGCAGGCGAAGGGGACAGAUGGGAAGGAUGAGAUUCUGGUGCCGUUGACGAGUUCGUUGUAUGUUAAGGGAAAAUUGGCGGAUCGGGAAAAAGUUCUUGUUGACGUUGGGACGGGGUUUUAUGUUGAAAAGACUACGGCAAAGGCGAUUGAUUUCUAUAAUACCAAGAUUAAGGGCUUGGAGAACAAUCUGAAAGAUCUGGCUAAGGUGGUGCAAGGAAAGGAUGUGCAAUUGAGGGCUAUUGAGGACGUCCUAAGGCAAAAGGUUCUCAGUGGUGAGGCCACUCCGGCAAACACUGGAUGAUUUCUUGCAAUGUACAGUAUGAAUCGGGCUGCCAUCACCAGGCAAUCAGAAAUGUAAAGAAAACGGAAAAGAGAAACAAAAAACAUAAACCACUAAAACGAAUGCGUGCUGGCAACGUAUUUGAUUAGAUAAACGCCUCGGAUCACAUCUCAAAGUGUAAUAAGGAAAUCAUAACAAAAAGAGAAAA